UCAAGUUACACUUCAAUGUGUUGGGCAUUUGCACAGAGACGGGUCUCUGUUGACUCCAUGUAGACAGCCAGAAGAUUCAGGAUUACUGCAAACUCACUGCAUCACAUCAAUAAUGGGUUUUAUUGUUUUACUUCUUCUGAUCCCAGCUGCGAUCUGCUCACCAGUGUUACUUCCAGUUGACUGCAAUGACGUGUACAACAGAGGUUCUGGUAAUAGUGGGGUUUACAGCAUCUUCCCAGGAGGACCGCUCUCCUCUGUCCAGGUCUACUGUGACAUGGGCUGUCAGGACGAACCUGAUGGUGGUAAAUGGACAAUCCUCCAGAGAAGAAAGGAUGGCACCAUCAACUUUUAUCGUGGAUGGGACCAGUACAGAAAUGGAUUUGGACAAGCAUCUGGAGAAUACUGGUUGGGUCUGGAGAACAUCCAUCUCCUAACUCAAAGUAAGAGCUAUGAGCUGAGGAUAGAAAUGGUAGACUUUGAAGGGGCAAAGGCUUUUGUCCAAUAUUCCUCGUUCACCGUGGGUCCAGAGCACGAGGGCUACACACUCACCUUCAGUGGCUUCAAAGAUGGAGGAGCUGGAAAUUCCCUGAGUGAACAUAACAGUCAGAAGUUUUCUACAUUUGACAAGGACCAGGACACCCAUUCUUCCAACUGUGCCAAGGCCUACCUCGGCGGAUGGUGGUACGGAGGAUGUCACAGCGUUAAUCCUAAUGGUCUUUACUUGUGGGGCAGCUCAGCCUAUGGGAUAGGAAUCAAUUGGCAUGCUUGGAAAGGAUAUGAGUACUCAUUGAAAGAAAUUACAAUGAAGAUAAAACCCAAACUGUAAUAUUAAUGAUGAGCUAAUAACCCCUUUGAUCAUGUGUGGUAUGACCCAAGGAAAAAUCCAUGACAUUUUGGUGUGGAUCCAUAUCCGGAUUUGUUUUCUGCUCUCUCUUUGGAAGAGAUAGAACUUAGAUAGGGAAUUUAGAUAUGGUUUCAUUAGAGGACUGUACGGGAUAUGUAACAUGUUGACCACAAUAUGAUCAUGUUUAUUUCCCCUUUGAUUGAUCAUGAUUGAAAUCUCAUACAAUGUAACCUUGAUCAUGCUGUAUCCUGUACUACUGAAUGAAUCUUGGCCUGAUUGCUUUAACUAAGGCAUUGUUGUUUUCAUGUCAUCAGAAGAUCCAAACCUUUGACUUUGUAGCAACCCAAACCAGAGUGGGAGGGGUGAGCCAAAUGUAUAAAGACAAAGAACUGUUUCCCAUUGAGGUGCAUAUUACAAACUAACCGUAUGUUUGUAAUAUGCACCAUGCUCUGAGCAUUAAAGUGUGACAAUACUGUAGGAGAUUUGUGUCUUUUUCUACGUUGUUAAGGUGGGAUUGUAGAAAUUGACACGACAGGCCUGUUGGGCCUUGGUGGAGGUAUGCGCACUCUGUGUAACAUUUAAGUUUGUCAUAAUGUAUUGCUCAUAUAUUUCUUUGUUUGUUUGCUGGGCUGUCUGCUAAUAGGAUCAAUCAUAUGUAUUCCCUAGUUAACCGAUUUUGCAAUUACAUUAUAACAAAUUGUCGAUUCAACUAAUGAGAGUAGAAAAUCAUGAAAAAGAGUGCAUGUAAUUCACUUUUCUGUCAGUACACAGUAUUAAUUUUUACUAGUGUGCAGAAAGUUUGAAGGCUUUAUAAUAUUGCUCAGUGAGACAUACUUUAGGUACACACUUACAGAUCACAUUCAAUUACUAUUAUCACUGUAGUUACUGUUUCACACAGAUAACAGAAACAUGUUCACUCAAACCUCUGUCCGCUCACAGCUGGAGGUCAUUCUCAAAGAAUAGCGACAACAACUUGCAUGUACAGUCAGUCACUGUCUCCUGCGGAAUAACAUCUACAGUGUUUGCAACCCGACAGCCGAGUCAUCAUUUCUCUCCUCCUCUUCGCCGCAGAAGUCGAAGCAAAGCCAGAGUAGCAUUGAGCACCCGGUCGUGUUUAAAGAUCAUCUUGUGAAAGGUUUCCAGAGGCAGGCGGCCGGUUGGAUCUGCAUGUUUCAGUGCAAUCAUGGGCAUGUACAGGCGGUUGGUCUGGUGGCGCAGAGGAGGUUCCUUGGCCGUGAUGACUUUAAUUGUUUGCUGCAGGAUAAUAGUACAAAUAUUACCACACAUGAUGCAUUUUCAUUUGCAGAACUUGUUUUCGUGACUUUUAAAAAUUAAAGAGAAAAACAAAUACGUCGCAUUACAUCACUUGCCUCAGCAACUUCUGCCGGUGUCUGGCCUAAUGAGGCAAAGACCUUUUUCGAGUAUGGCAGGUAAACUUCAUGGAAGAUUUUGGCCGUCUCCUCGUCUGUCCCUGAUAGAUCCAUCCCCUCGGCAUCUUCGUACACUUUCCUUUCAAACUCCGUCACCACAGGGCCAGGUUCCACAAGAGUCGUCCUUGUGACAGUGGACAUUUCAAAACAAGCAUAUUUUACCACUGCUUUUAACAUUGUCAUCUUACUGAUGACUUAAGGUUUGGAUGAGUGUGCGCAUUAAAUGUGAGGACAUGGGAUUACUUGAUGUUAAACUUCAUUGCCUGCACUGCCAGACUUUCACAAAAUCCUUCCACAGCAAAUUUAGAGGCAGAGUAGACGUCAUUGAACAGAAGCCCUGUGUGGAAUCAGAAAUAAAGAAACCUUUUAUCAAC